UGCGAUCACGUUAUCUCGCGACUUCUAGGACAGCCAAUAGUGAUCGUCCUUACUUGGACGUUGACAAAACCAUUUGGAACUGCUUUCUACUAAUCGUAAACGAGCCGAUGCUGAAAGUAAUUGGGUUUUGGUUUUGUUUGUUUUUUUACUAAAGUUGACUCAUUUAUCCGGGUCGAAAAGUGGGAGUGACUGUGACUGCAGAGCUGGAAGAAAUAUCUCUCUAUUUUAAACAACUAUUUUCGUCUAGGCUGCUGCCGACUGACGCCAGACGACAGGAUGCCUUCACUGACUCUUAGGGGAGUGACUGUGAAUUUCCCUUUUUCUCCAUACGAAUCUCAGAAGGCAUACAUGAACAAAGUAAUCGAAUGUCUUCAGGAGAAAGUCAAUGGGGUUCUGGAGAGCCCCACAGGCACAGGUAAGACUUUGUGCCUGCUGUGCGCCACCCUGGCCUGGAGGGAGAACUUCAAGGACACCAUGUCUACCUGUAUGAUGCCAGAGACGCUGGGCCAGGAGAUGUUUCCAAACACACCUCUGUCUUCCUGGGGACAGCUCACGGUGACAAACCAAGUAUCCUACUACACUGAUGUCCCCAAGAUCAUAUACGCAACGAGGACACAUUCUCAGCUUACACAGGUUAUUAAUGAGUUAAAGAACACUUCAUACAGCCCAAAGGUGUGUGUGCUGGGCUCAAGAGAGCAGUUGUGUAUUAAUCAGGACGUCAUGUGUCAGAAGAGCAACCACGUCAAAGUUCAUAUGUGCAGAGGAAAAGUUUCCACCGGGUCAUGUGUCUACUACAAAAAAGUUGAAGAAAAGAGCACUGAUAGAGACUUUGUUAGUUCUAUCCUUGAUGUGGAGGAUUUGGUCCAAUUUGGCAACAAGCAGAGAGUCUGUCCUUACUACCUCUCCCGUUCACUGAAACAAGAAGCAGAUGUCAUUUUUAUGCCAUACAACUACCUGCUAGAUCCAAAGAGCCGUAAGGUGCACAGUAUCGACCUGAAUGGAGCUGUGGUUAUCUUUGACGAGGCUCACAAUGUGGAAAAGACAUGUGAAGACUCAACAUCAUUUGAUCUCACUCCCUACGAUGUAGCCUCAGCCAUUGACGCUGUGGACAGGCUGCUUGUGGAGCAGUCUAAAGAAAUCAGCCACAGAGGCUCUGUGAAUGUAGACUUUAGUGUAGACACCUCCAGUUCUGGUUUAAAAUUAGGCGUCUCCACCAUUGCAAAAAUCAAACAGAUACUACUGGAUCUGGAAGCUGCCAUUCAUGCCUAUGAUCCAAGUGAUCAAGGCAUUACCAAACCUGGAAUCUUCAUCUAUGAGGUGUUCGAAAAAGCUAAUCUGACGUUCAGCAGCAAGACAGCAGUCUUUGAAGCUCUGGAGCACAUCAUUGGAUACCUGGCACAACAGCCAGGAAUAUUUCUCAAUACUAGUGGACUCCAGAAGCUUUCUGAUAUCAUACAGCUGGUAUUUUGUGGUGAACCAUCAGAAAAGGAGAAACAACACCAGAUGGAAACCAACACGGCUCAUUUUAAGGUUCAUAUCCAUCGAGACACCAGCAUUCACUCAAAAAACCUAGUGUUGAUAUGUGGGCUUCAGGUUCAUCCAAAAAGCAAGGAAAUACUGAGUUACUGGUGCUUCUCUCCGGCCUUCAGUAUGCAAGAUCUGGUGAAUCAAGGCAUUCGCUGCAUCAUUCUGACAAGUGGUACCCUAUCGCCCCUGUCUUCUUUCACAUCUGAGAUGAGAAUAGAAUUCCCAGUAUGUCUGGAGAACAGCCAUGUGAUUGAGCGCGACCAGAUCUUUGUGGGCGUCAUUGCACAAGGCCCAGAUGGAGUGCCCUUAAGUUCAGCGUUUGAUCGAAGGUUUGUUCCUGAAAACAUGGCAUCUUUAGGCAACACUGUUGCCAACCUGAGUCGUCUGGUUCCUCAUGGACUCUUAGUAUUUUUCCCUUCCUUUCCUUCAAUGGAAAAAGCAUUGGAAUUCUGGAGGGCUAACGGACAUGCAAACCGCAUUGAGAAGUUAAAGCCCAUGUUUGUUGAACCUACAGAGAAGGGCACCUUUAAUGAAGUCAUUGAUGGUUAUUACACCAAAGUCAAUGAUCCCCGAUCCAAAGGAGGAGCCUUCUUUGGUGUGUGUCGAGGGAAGGCGAGCGAGGGUCUGGAUUUUGCAGACAUGUUUGGUCGGGGUGUCAUCAUUACUGGCCUUCCUUUCCCUCCAAAAAAAGACCCUCGAGUUGUCCUGAAAAUGCAAUUUUUGGAUGAGAUGAAUCAAAAGAAAUCUGUAGGGCAAAAGUACUUAUCAGGGCAAGAGUGGUACAGACAGCAGGCUUUCAGAGCUGUGAAUCAGGCCAUUGGUAGAGUGAUUCGUCACAAGGAAGACUAUGGAGCGAUCUUCUUGUGUGAUCAGAGAUUUAAAAAUGCUGAUACCCGGGCCAUGCUUCCAUCGUGGGUGAGGUCUUAUGUGCGCCUCUAUGACAGCUUUGGCAGUGUCGUCCGUGAUGUCUCUCAGUUCUUCAGGACUGCACAAAAAAUGAGGCCUGUGGUCGGGAAGAAGGCUCCAGCACACAACCACGAGACUGAUUGUUCACGAGACACUCAGUCCUCCAGUUUCACUUCUCGCCGCUACUUGCAAACUUCUCACACCCAGAAGGCCAAGGUGUUGGACAUACACCUUCCCAGCUUGAAGAGGAGGAGACUCAAUGAGAAGAAUGGAGCCAAUGACAUGGCCAGUUUCCUUAAUCAGUAUGAGGUGCCAUACGAUAACAGGAGACCACUCAACCUGCUGGAUGCUUUGGAGCAAGCCAACAAUACCAUUGAAGAGGACAAGCGAGAGCAAAAGAAGCUGGGUGUCCCUGAGGAUUUGUCUCAAGAACGUAAAUCCAGCAGGGCUAAGAAAUUCCUGGCGGACAUGAAGAAGUCCCUGAGUCAGGUCUGCUGUCACCGCAUCAUGCGGGCCCUGCACACCUACGAAAAGACUGACGACCUGGAUCACCUGCUGACUGAAACCGCAUUUUUAGGCAAAGACGCUAAUACUCAGAGUCUCCUACAUGGCCUCUGCCAGUUUGUUCGCCCACACCACAAAAAGAGGUUUGAUGAAAAUUCCCAGGAGAUGGCAAAACAGGGCUGUGGAUACAAACCUGAUCACACCCUGUCCAAGGAUGGGAAGAAGACAGUAACGCUGCAGAACGACAAGUCCAAGUAGUUUGGAGAUGACAUUUGGGUGGAAGAUGUCAGACUGGCGUAUCACCUCCUCCAGGAUGUCUGCUAUUCCAGCAGAGAAGAUGACUUGUCAUUUGAGGACAACUUUACAAAAAUGUUUUCAACAUUCAAUAAAAUAAACCAGCCAUUCAGUGACUCCCGUACCUCA